AUGAAGCUUUUCGCCGCCGCCUGCUUCGUCCUCCUCCUCAACAUCGCAGGCCGUGUGGCGGAGGCCCGUGCGGUGGCCGGGGACGUGGCGACCAGCGGCGCCAUCACCGUCGUCAUCACCAUCACCUCCCGCGGGCCAAGCGGGCGCACAAGCUGUUCGUGUUCGGGGACGACUUCGCCGACAACGGCAACAGCGCCUCGGAUCCGGGGUUGGGCUCUGUCUCCCGCGCGUGGCGCUACCCCUUCGGCAAGUCGGAACGAAGCCGCCCACGGCAGGAAGCCCACAGGCCGCUUCUCCGACGGGCUGGUGCAGUCCGACUUCCUGGCCAAGAUCAUGGGGCACAGCGAGUCCCCUCCGCCCUACACGGGUGACAGCGACAACUGGGACGACGGCAUCGACGCCUCCGGCAUGAACUUCGCCGUCGCUGAAGCCGGCGCGCUGGAGGCGCCGUCGGGCGUGCUCAAGCUCCGCGCGCAGGUCCAGCAGCUCAGGGACCUGGUCAGGGACGGCCUGGUCGAUGACCGGGACUUCACCGACUCGGUGGCGCUCGUCGCCUACUCCGAAUCUGAACGAUCUGGUGGCGAAGGUGGUGGACGAGCUGGCGUGGUGUCGCAGCUGCAGGACCUGGGCGUGUCCAAGGUGAUCGUGAACAACGUGCCCCCGUUCGGGUGCUCGCCGUGGCUGGCCAAGGCGUCGAACUACAGCUCCUGCGACGACGACGGCAACGUGAGCUCCGACGAGCACAACACGGCGCUCCGGGACCGGCUGGGCGGCGAGGAGGGCGUGAUGGUGCUGGACGUGAACAGCAUCAUCACCAACCUGGUGGCGCCCAAGGAAGGGUCGGUGCUGUACGAGAGGCAGUUCGCGGAGCGCCUGCGCCCCUGCUCCGAGGCCGCCGGCGAGGAGGGCGGCUACUGCGGCCGCGACGGCGGCUACUCGCUCUGCAACCGCCCGGAGGAGUACUUCUUCUGGGACGUGGUGCACCCCACGCACGCCGGGUGGAGGGCCGUCAUGCAGCUGCUCCAGGGGCCAAUCAUGGCGUUCCUGGGCAUCUCGGACCUCGAGCACUUCUGA